UAUAAUUUCAAUUUCAAACUUAUCACUUAUUUGUUCUGUUUUGUACUUUGACCUGGGGUUCUUACAUUAAUUUUUUCUGUAAUUUGUGUAGGAAUAGUUAUAAGGAACUUUAGUUUGUGCUUAAUUCACUAGCUAGGAAAGAUGUUUUCCAGACAUGUAGCUCUUAGAUUCACAGGCCAGUUUCAAAGGUUUCAAAGUACACUACUUAUUGCAGAGCACAACAAUGAAACUUUGCUUCCAAUAACUCAAAAUGCUAUUACAGCUGCUAAGAAACUAGGGGGUGAUGUGACAGUUUUAGUAUGUGGAACAAAAUGUGGUCCGGCAGCUGAACAGCUUUCAAAAGCUGAGGGUUUAUCGAAAAUCCUAGUCGCAGAGAGUGAUGUUUUUAAAGGGUUUGUAGCAGAAAAUGUGUCAGCCCUUGUUUUAGAAACACAAAAUAAAUUUAAAUUUACCCAUAUUGUUGCUGGAGCCUCAUCUUUUGGGAAGUCCGUGCUUCCAAGAGUAGCAGCCAAAUUAGAUGUUUCUCCAGUCUCUGAUGUAAUUGGUAUUAAAUCACCAGAUACUUUUGUAAGAAGUAUUUAUGCUGGUAAUGCUAUUCAAACUUUACAAGCCACUGACACUGUUAAAGUUUUAUCUGUAAGAGGCACUAGCUUUGAACAAGCAAAGUUAGAAGCAGGAUCUGCUACAAUUGAGAAGAUUACAAGUGACAGUUGUAAUACACAAUUAACAACUUUUAUUAGCCAAGAACUAAGCAAAUCUGAUAGGCCAGAACUUACAAGUGCAAAAGUGGUCGUCAGUGGAGGUAGAGGCUUAAAAUCUGGAGAUAACUUCAAGCUGCUUUAUGAUCUAGCUGAUAAGCUUAAUGCUGCUGUAGGAGCCUCAAGAGCUGCAGUGGAUGCUGGUUAUGUACCAAAUGAUCUGCAAGUUGGACAAACUGGUAAAAUUGUUGCCCCUGAACUAUACAUUGCUGUAGGAAUCUCAGGAGCGAUUCAACACUUGGCUGGCAUGAAAGAUAGUAAGACUAUUGUUGCUAUCAAUAAGGAUCCAGAAGCUCCAAUUUUCCAAGUAGCUGAUUAUGGACUUGUAGCAGAUUUAUUCAAAGCUGUCCCAGAAAUGACAAGCAAAUUGUAAAAAAAUUGAAUUAAGAAGUUGCAAAUUUUACAUAGAGCAUAUAGCACACGUAUAUACACGUAGUUAAAUAUUAAAAAAAUGUAUAAAUAUAAAUUUUAAACUAUAAUUUUUUUAAUGUGAACUUUUAAAUUUUCUAUACCAUAUUAAUUUUUGUAUUGUAAUAAAAUUAUUUCCUUUAUUAAAAAGCAGAUUUUACUA